CCGGGAUAGUGGAACCGUGUCUCGUUCUGCCGUAGCGUGGUUAGUUGGGUGGUCACCACCCGAGAGUGUGUUGUGCUAAUAGUUUAAUACAACGUGUUGCUCCCUAAGACAACGUCUGCGACUCAGUUGGACUCACUACAAUUGUACUGGUUUGGCUGGGAUAGUCCCGGUGGUUUCGGAAGCAUUUAUGUAAAUAAAUAAAAAUCUGACUUUUGCUCAUGGGUGCAAAGGGCAAGGCUACCUUCGAACUGGGUGGAGCUGGCAGUGGAGUAGGUGGGGCCUAUGAGCAGUGGGCAGGGCCAACAAUUAUAAGGACAGAAGACACUCGGUGUGGGUGGAGGUAGCGAUUGAGUGGACGUGGUUAUUGAAAAAGUGGGCGGCGCUGCUCGAGGGAGGGGCUACCAACUCCCCAUGUGUCCUGGUUGAGCUUCCCGUAAAAUUUAUAGCUUUACGUAUGACAGGUUUGUACUAAGUGAUUCCUGUAUUUGUAGCCGCUUUCUGAGGCUUUGCAGGCAGUGAGAGAAAUGGGAAUAACCUGAUCGGGUAUGGAAUUCCCUGCGUGUGCAUUGUUUGAAAGCUCUCUUUCUCUUCCACCGUCAACCCUAUUUUACCGCGCCAUGGUUAACUGGCAGCCUGCCCCAUUGUUGCAAAAGUGAGCCAGCCAUGCACGUAUUUAUUUUAUCUGCAGAUAGAUGUCCUGGUUUAGCUGCCCGCACCUCCGAUCAGCUUGGUUGGCAAUGUACGAUGCGAAAGAAGUUCAACAAACAUGUACAUACAUUUCAAACGGAUGACUUAUUUUCCUUGGCUCGCAAAGUGGGGCACGCACUCGGACGGUCGCGCGAGUGCGCGUCGUCGGCCUUCUUCACACGUCUUGUGUUUCUUCUCCCCGUCGCCCGGUUUAUUUCCGUCGAGGCCGGCAUGUGUGUGCACCCGUGCGUGUGCGCUCGUGUUGUUGAUGUGCCACGCCAUCGCAUCCACAGCCCUUAAAGAGCCACCGUCAACGCGUUCUAUAUUUAAUAGGGCAUCGUUCUGUCGGAGUCGCGCGCGCACACACACACACACACGUGUGAGGAGGUUGUGUUUAACGCUGGGUCGAAUCGGCCGGUACUUGGUGCCUCGCCUGGCACCCAGGGCAACACAGGUUUGUGUUGGAUACCGAUCAGGACUUUGUACGGCCCUGAGCUCUAUAGAACAACGCUGCUAAAGGACGUUUUAAACGAAAAAUGUCAAACUUUGAAGCAAGCGAUGCCGUGACUGUGGCUACUUUUUAUAGGAGGCGUCGUGCGGUUAAUAACGACUGAAAAUAAUUGUCGGCAAGAAGAUGAACAAGGAAGCUUGCGCGUUUGGCAGCGGUGCCAUCAAAGCAAGAGGAACUCAGAAAAUCAAAGCAGGGACAAUGGAUUGUUUACAAUCUCUUGAAAUGUACGUUUCUUCUUAAGCAUCAACCGAUUACAGGAACUGUCGCAGGCGUGGGUUUUUUUUUCCGCCUGCCAACAGGUUUCCUAAAGAAUCUUCAUUUUCUUGAUCUCCCUUCUCGAUUUCACCGAAGAGAAUUUUUGUCAGGAAGCGCCAGGCACGCAUCGCUUCCCCCCUUGUCUGCUUUCUGAGUUUACUUGAACCGCCUUUGGAGAUACUUUCCUGAGUUACGAGAAACUUAAAUAUUGAAAAAAAACUGGGGCCAGGAAACAUAUUGGCCCCAACGGCAACAGUGAAGGGGCGGCCAAUGAGAAUGCAAGGCAGCAGGAAGUACGAGAGACUGUACCAUUAUUAUACAGGUGAUUGUCUGCCACCUCCCCCACCUCCUCCUCCGGAGGAACAGAGCUACCGGUCGGAAGCGCUAGCUCGGGACUACCCUCCGCCGCCACCUCCACCACUCCCCGGUGCCUCCGCCACCCUCCCCGGGAGGGCCAACCCGUGGACUGACAGCAUGCAGGGCACCGCCAAGAAAUCCGGCUAUCGGCCGACCAGCAUCGACAUGGAGAUCGACUCACUCACCAACAUGCUGGCAGACAUGGAGAGCAACUCUCCCUUCCCAUCGCGCUCGCGACCGACGUAUUCGAGCACUCUACCAUCCCCACCUCCGGCCGCCGACUCCACUGCCAACACUUUACCGUCGUCCCGGCCCACCGUGGCUGCCUCCUACACCCAGGCUUCUCCAUCCGUGGCUGCCUCCAAGUCAACCUCGGGGCCGCCCCCCGCGUACUCGAACGGCCGCUCUGCCAGGCCCCAGCCACAGCCGCAGCCGCAGCCUGUGGCCGCGUCGUACGCCACGGCUCCGGCGCGUCCGCCCACCAACGUGCAGGUGCGCGUCGCCCAGCCCAGCCACAGCUACGUGGGCCCGGCCGCUUCCGUGUACGCGCCCUCGCCCGCCCGCCAGCCCGAGCCCGCUUACUCUGCUCAGCAGCAGAGGCCAGGAGAGCCGCAGGCAACGUACGGGCCCGGCCGGCCCGUAGAAGCACCCUACACUUACCGCCUGCCUCCCAGCCGGCAGGCUGAGGUUCAGCAUCAGCCUCUGCAGCAUCAGACGCAACAGCAUCAUCCGCCGCCGCAACAACAACAGCAGCAGCAAAGGCCAGGAGAAGUGCAGUCUGCCUAUGGGACGGCGAGGCCAGUGGAUCCUGGCUAUGGAUCGCGGUACGGAGACCAGGGCCAAGGGCACACGGCCAACCGACAGCAAGCGGAGCCGGCGUAUGGCACAGCGUACAACGCAGGUACGGCUCGAUACCCGGAGCCGGGAUACACGAGCAACGCAAUGCCGCGCCCACCAGCAGCACAGAACUACGCACCAAAGCAAGAGCAGGCAUUUCCUUCGGCCCAGCACCAGCAGCAGCAGCAGCGUCCACCCCAGCGUCUCGACUACCAGCAGCAGCUGCCCUCCCACGGGCAGGCGCCGGUGGUGGGAUACCCGCCGGGUCAGCACCAGGCUUCGGCCUACUCACAGGCUCAGGCGCCUGCCUACCACCAGCCCCCGCAGGGGCAGCUCGCCAUGUCGGGGUACACGCCGGGGCAGCACCAGGCAUCGGCGUACGCGCCGGCGCAGCUCAAGAAAGCUUACCACUCGGACGACCUGCCCCCGUCAGUGCCAGGAUCUGCUCAGCAAACCAGGACUCUACUGGUGCAAGGUGGCGGCGGAGGGGGGCCGCCGACGAUGGGGGUGUCCGGCCUAGAGGACGAGGUGGACCGGCUCACCAAGAAGAUGCUGCACGACAUGAACAACCCGCCGUCCGAGGAGUACUUUGGCAAGUGCGCGCGGUGCGGCGAGAACGUGGUCGGGGACGGCAACGGCUGCACGGCCAUGGAGCAGGUGUUCCACGUCGACUGCUUCACCUGCCUGACGUGCAACGCGCGCCUCCGUGGGCAGCCCUUCUACGCCGUCGAGGGGAAGGCGUACUGCGAGGGGUGCUACAUCAACAUGCUGGAGCGCUGCUCGGUGUGCUCCCAGCCCAUCAUGGACCGCAUCCUGCGUGCCACGGGCAAGGCCUACCACCCGCAGUGCUUCACCUGCGUCGUGUGCCGCAAGAGCCUGGACGGCGUGCCCUUCACCGUCGACGCCACCAACCAGAUCCACUGCAUCGAGGACUUCCACAGGAAGUUUGCGCCACGCUGCUCGGUGUGCCAGCACCCCAUCAUGCCGGAGCCGGGCCAGGAGGAGACUGUGCGUAUCGUGGCGCUAGACCGCAGCUUCCACGUGCACUGCUACAAGUGUGAGGACUGUGGGCUCGUGCUGUCGUCGGAGAGCGAGGGGCGCGGUUGCUACCCGCUCGACUCGCACAUCCUGUGCCGCAACUGCAACGGUCGCCGCAUCCAGGCCCUGUCUGCCAACAUCACCACCGACCUCUGACCUACCUACGCUCAUUUGCAUGAGCUGCCUCCACAUCGCCCACCUUUACCCGCUCGUCAACCAACCUUUCCACCGACCAAACCCACCUUCAUGUCUACCCUACCCAACCACCCGUGCACCUAUCCAACCACCUAGCCACUUAUUUCUCCACUGAGCUACCCACCUUCCCACCUACCCAACCACUUACCCACCAACCUACCCAACGACCCGCCCAUCUUCCCAACCACCCACUCGCCUACUAAAUCAUCACACUACUGACCUACCUACCCACCUACCUACCCACCUACCUAACCACCCAUCGACUGGGCAUGUAACGAGGCAUUCAAAUAGUCUUACAUUCGUGACACAUGCAUCGAAAUGUGCCACUAGAGGCGCCGCAUCGACCUCGGCGUAAAAAAGGAAUUAAUCACGAUCCCAAAUUGUGAUAGCGCAUCGAAUUGUUAGGGGCGGAAAGUAGUUUUCGUGAAAUGAACGUGUCGAUUUACGUGAAUCAUACAAAACAAGCGAUUUCUUUACGUGCGGGUUUCGAUGCAACGUAUCAUGAGCAAGAGAUCUCUAUUAAUCUCAGAAUCGUCGCGAGCAAGAGAUCUCUAUUAAUCUCAGAAUCGUCGCAAGCCUACUCUGGAAGCACGACACAAGCACGCAACGCAUCUAUCCUACAGGCUGUGGUGUGUUGUUGGCGAGCGCCUAUUACGGCUUCCGCAUUGCACAACUCGUUGGUCGGCAUCACCACUCCCCAGCGCUUGGUGUCGGACCGCACAUUGCACCUAGCACUCGUUUUACACUUUGAGUCGACCUGCUUGUAGGCCGGGUCAGAAUGCGAUAUAAAUUUUCAGCAGUGUGUACGGCCGGGAUCAUCGUGCUGUGUGUGUGUGUGAUGAACACAUUGACGGCGAUCCUUAAAGGACAUUGGCAACCUUUGACGGCAGUGGUUGCUGCAUCACUUUCUAUUGCUGCUUGGGGAGAACUGUCAACGCUCUGCUCUUGCCACACACACAGAGGCGGCUCCAGUUGCUUAUAGUGAAUGCAUUGGUAGUGAAGAUUUCCAGCAACAGUUGCUAUAAAACUGCCCUGGUGUGUCAUUGCCUGCAAUCAGUUAAUCUGUGCACGCUCAUGAAUGCACAAAAUAAUUCUGUAGUUGGAGAGUCUUCUUUUUUUUUGUUACUGCAUAACACAACGGCGCAACUAUUGUCGUGCUUGAGUCCGUGCCCUUCUCGGUCAUAUAAUGAGAAAUAGGCAAUCAAUCAUGCUCCUUCGCCCUGCUAUUUCAAGCAUUCUGUGCCCUCAGAGCACGGAUAUUUUUUUUAUUAUAUUAUUAUUACAAUCUGGGACGUGCCGAGUAGCACGUUUUCUUUUGCGUGUGUGAAAUUGCAAAAAACGAAUAAUUCAUUCGGUUUAUUGAAACGCGCGCGCACGCACGCACGGGGUUCUUGUGGACAGAGAAAACGCUUUGGGAGUGGCGUAAACACGGAUUGACGAAGUGAAUCAUUUGAGCUGCGCUGGCUCUCUCGGCUGGCCAGCAAUGUUCUGCACAACUUUAAAGGGGGAAGAAAAAAAGACGACGUCACAUAUUUAGUCUAUAAACAGCGGAGAGCGAGUAAACUGUGUCAUCGCCGUUGGUAUUAAAUUGCUUGACUCGCGCGUGUUUUAGAGGUGGUGGAUUGUCCGGUUAUAUUGCAGCCUUUAUCGAUUUAGUCGAAGGCUGAGUGAACAUGGGGACGCCGAAUAGAAGUGCCUUCCAUGCAUGCUUUAUAUAAAAAAAAAUGUUUUAAUCAUCUUAAGGUUUUGAUGGCCUGAAUGUGGGGGGAGUGGUGGGGGCUUUGCGUAGAGAUAGCGGCCCUGCUAAAAUAAAGUACACUGCGUGUAAUCGCGAACAUUGUUGCGUUGAAGAGCAAUAUUACAUUAAAAAAAUAAAACAAAAUAAAAAUCCUAAUGCAAUAAUGUGCAAAUAUAACUUGAUAUAAGUAUAAUGCUGUGCAAGUUUUUUUUAAACUAUGUUACAAAUAUCUGUUAACUAUAGCCUUAAUACAAAACGGCCGCUUGGGUUGCUGGCUCAGUGGGGCUUUGCGUGGUGGUGAUCACAAAGUGUGUGGCCCGAUACAGGAGCAGUGCUGCCACAUUGGAUGGAUGUGCAGUGAAAAGUCCCUUUCAACAUUUUCAAAGCAAAUUGAUUGACUCUGCGGUCUUCACGUUUGUAUGUUAACCGCAAAAUGGAGAAGAAAUUAAUAAAUAAAACGCUCGGAUCUUGCAGAAACCCUUUUAUUCACCAGACCUGGCUCCCUGUCGCUACCCACAUUUUCUAUCCACGUGCUAAAUGUUUUCCGCAGUUCAAAUAAUUUAUUGCUGGGGAAAGCGGUUGUAUUGAUGUGAUGGAUGAGGUGAACGCGUAGUUUGAGAAGCAACACCGAGUUGACAUCGGCAGGGAAUUAAAUCAUUGGGACCGUCCAUGAUGGACCCAAGUGCAUUACACUGCAUAGAAAACUAAAGUUUUAGCCAGUGGUGUAGAGUAGCGUGGUUGGCAUGGGCCGUGGUGCAAUGAUUGUAAUGUGGGGGGGGGGGGGGCUUGCCUACGUUAAAUUUCCACUUUGUAGCCUGGUGCCUGGGUCCUGGUGCAGUUGCACCACCUGGACACGCAAUAGCCAUCCCACUCGUUUCAACGAGCUCCGUCACUGCUUUGUACAUCCGGCCACACGGACUUUCUCAUCGCCCUUUGUAUUGCCAAGGGCACCAGUGGAAGGAGCCACGUGCCGGUGUUGUACCUUCACGUGUAGACGUUCGCACGAAGGCAACGACAUUGCGCGGUGACGCCCGUUGCGUCCUGCGAUUCAAGGUUACUACAGGGUAGCUUCUUUUUUUGUUGAAAUGAGAGGAAAACUUUUUUUUUAGAUGCGUCCGCAUGCAUCGGCUUUAGAUGCACACUCUUACCUCUCUUUCCAUUGUAAAACCGCGAUGUGCCGGGGGCCGUGCCGAGCCAGCCCGGCGUGGCUCGGGAGGCGCCAGGUUGUUUUUCCACUGCGGGAAGGCGAGCCGCGUCGCCGACGUCGCACGCGGUGUGCGACGUCGGGGGCGCGCCGCGCGGGUGACGCGGUGACGGCUGUGUUCUUUCGGUCUGCUGGCUUGCAUCGUGCAACGUUGAAAAUGAUUGACCCCCCCACCCUUCAUCCCGAGCCACAUUCGGAUGUGUGUUUUUUUGUUUCGGGCCGGCGUAGAACGGUUUGGUUCCGGCUCGGCUCUGUAUAUAGCCAGUGGAAAUCCACCCGUGUACCACGAGCACCCCGCACUGGUCCGGCUCCGACGUGCCAGUGGAAAAGGGGAAUUUAUCACCACUUUCCUCGAGCACAGAUUGCGUUGCAAAAAAAGCCUCGUGGUCGUGAUUUUUAGGAUGGAGGCUUUUUUGAUUUUUGAAUGUUUACCUGCAUUGGUGUUUGUUCCCCCCCCCCUCCUUCUCCGCUAGGCUAUGAUUGUCCUAAAUGCGCUUCAUUGUAAUCUAUGCAGUUUGUUAUGCAAUAUUGAAUGGUAGUUGACGUGUAAGUUUCGAACGGUGGUUAAAAAGUGCAAAUGUGAAUAUGGGUUCUGAUUUAAUUAACUGAAUUGGGUUAUGAUGAUGAUGAUGGCACGACUUGCUUUAAUUCCAAUAAACGAGCAAAGUAAAAGACUGCUUAAGAAAAUUGGCUACCGAUGUGGAUUUUGUAUUGACCACAGAUUGGCUACCAGUGCCUUCAUUUCACGCCUGUUGCGUUACAAUCGGCACUGUUCUGUCUACCACUGUGGCUGAUGGUUGGCACCUCUUCCACAAAACCAAACUCCGCACAUAUAUCUCAGUUCGACGCAAUUGCCACCAGAUUUCGGUACCCGAUACACGGAUGCCUAUUCCCAGACUGUCCGGGUCAAGCCCAGACAUCUGGCUCCACCAGCUGUAUAUGCUCAACAAUUCAGGUAGGCACCGUAGGUGCAACUAUGGGGUGUGUGUGGCAGAGUUGUAACGCAUGGGGGGCCAGUUGGCCACAAGGGGGGGGGGGGGGCUACGAAUCAACAUAAGUAAAACAAAAAUAAGAAUUUUUUUCCUAAAAAUAUAUACGUAAGUAAAACAAAAAUAAUAUUUUUUUUCCUAAAAAUAUAUUCCAACAGUUAACCAUAAAUGCUAAAAAAAUGACAUUGUUACAAAUGAACAAAAAUAGUAUUUUUGAAAAACAGCGUAAAUAUGAUAGCGCUGCUGAUGGUGUUACUGAGCACCAGGCUGUUUUGCCAACUGACAUGCUCAUGAAAACAAGACGCAUGAUAACUUAAUUGUGAUUAUUGUCCCCUUAAAUAUUUUAUUAAUACUGCCAAUGUGAGACUGUCUUUCCUCUAAACCCAAUACACGGUGCAACUAAAAUAAUAUAUCUAGUUAUAGCCGUCAUGGUAUACGGGUUAAAAUUAUCCGUAACAAUUUUGGCAAAAUUGAGUCAGUCGGGUGAAAGGGGGGGGGGGGGGCACAAUCGUAUCUUGCAUAGCCACCUUUGAAAUUGUAUAGUUGCCCACCAGGGGCGCAACGACUCUGUAAAGCAGAGCUGAAGUCUCGUGUUGGGAAUUUCUGUACGAUUGUUACUGUGGCGGGUUACUCAAAACCACUCGCUCAAAUCCAGUCUUGAUUUCCAAGGUUACUGUGCUGUGUACGGACGGUUCGGCUUUCACGAUCCAUAACUUUCGUAUGAAACUGAACUCUGCCCACAGAUUUGACAGUUGCGCGGUGACCUUUGGCACUUCUGAGAGAAUGCCUAUGUAUAGCCAUUGGCCUGUAUGAAAGUCUAAUUGAGAACAGCGUAAUUUGUUAACUUUUAUUCCGGAAUUGCUUUGCAAGUCACUGCCUUUGCUUUCAACCUGACCAUUGCCCUUGGCGUUUUCUGUGGGGUGUUUGUUUGUUUUGGUACGCGUGCUAUAAUUCAGUGGGAGGAAAAAAGUGUUUGCUACUCUCAAAUGCCACCCACAAACGUGUGUGAAGUGUGUGUCGGCUCAUAGUUGGGGGAGAUGUGCCCAUCAGCUUUUCAUAGCCCUGUGCCUUUGGCUCCUGUCCAAUAGACCUCUGGUGCAGUUGCACAGCCUCGAUAGCGUUACCACUUGCUCAUUGAAAAUCCACUUGUUUGUCACUCGCGUGCGUAUCAUUGGUCAGGCUUGCUAUUGCUCCCAAUGUUUAAUUUGCAUGUGGUUUAAAGGCUUUUUAAAACCCACACACCCCGCUGUGUGGGCCUUGUGUGAUACAUGUUUGGCUUUAGGUUUACUGCCACUCUUGCUGUGUAUGUACAUAUUCAUCUUUGAUUACCAAGGUCAGAGAGGCCAACAAAUGUCGCUUUGACUCCAGCGAUGUACUUGAGAGAGAGAGGGAGGGAGAGAGAAAUAUAGCACACUGGGAAGCAGCCAUGGAAGGUUAUGUUAUUUAGCCUUGUAUAUUGUUUGUAAUGUACCAAAUAAGAGCACGGAAUGAACAAACCAACAUAUAUCUCAAGAGUAUUUACCCAUAAAGAAAGCCUAUAGAGAAUUUUGCUCGCGAUUCACUUUGUGGCGUACGUUACUAUCCUUUCGUUGUUCAUUUAUCGUGUAACCAAAACUAUAUUGCCAUAUUGAUAAACACGGCGGAAUGUGUAAUGCUGUUAUGUCUGCUGGUGGUCUAUAAACACAACUCUUUCACGGCCUA